GUAGACCUCUCACAACUUCAGUGCAGAAGGACUUGGGCAGUAUGUUUUGUACUAAACUGAAAGACCUGAAGAUCACUGGUGAGUGUCCUUUCUCUUUACUGUCCCAAAGUGGCGUUCCAGAUGAACAUGAAGAGGAUUGCGCGGAGGUGCCAAAUAGCUCCAAGGCUGCCUUGCCAAUCUGCAGAGAAAAAGAUACUCAUGGGAACCUUCCACAAAGAAAAACCAGCAGGAGCAAAGUGUAUCUGCACACUUUAGCUGAGAGCAUCUGCAAACUUAUCUUUCCUGAGCAUGAAAGGUUAUAUCUUGCGCUGCAGAGAACACUAUCAAAACAUAAAAUACAAGAAAUCAGGAACUCUGGGGAAGGAGAAGAUUUUGAAAAGCUGAUCAGUAUUCAUGCAAAUGCAUCAGGAGUUCCAGUAAGCAUUAUAAAGAAAUCUCUUGGUGAAGAACUUUUCAAAAUAUGUUAUGAAGAAGAUGAACACAUUCUAGGAGUUGUUGGGGGGACCCUCAAAGACUUUCUGAACAGCUUCAGUACUCUUCUAAAGCAGAGUGGCCACUGCCAAGAAGCCGAGAGAAAAGGGAGCCUGGAGGAGGUCUCCAUACUGUGCUUGGAAAAAGACCCAGAUUUCUUAAAUGUCUACUAUUUCUUCCCUAAGAAAACAACUAGCCUCAUCCUCCCUGGCAUUAUUAAAGCAGCAGCUCAUAUUUUGUAUGAAACAGAAGUGGAAGUGAUGCUGAUGCCCCCCUGCUUCUGCAAAGAUAGCACUGAGUUCAUUAAUCAACCCUAUUUGUUGUAUUCAGUCCAAGUCACGAGUGCAAAACCAUCCUUAUCACCUUGUAAACCUCAGUCAUCUCUUGUGAUUCCUGCUUCUAUGUUCUGCAAGACUUUCCCAUUUCACUGCAUGUUUGACAAGGACAUGGCCAUUCUACAAGUCGGCAAUGGUAUAAGAAGACUGUUAAACAGGAGGGAAUUUCAAACAAAGCCAAACUUUGAGGAGUACUUUGAAAUCCUGACCCCCAAAAUAAACUGCACAUUUAGUGGGAUCAUGACAAUGCUGAACAUGCAGUUUACUAUAAGAGUGAGAAGAGGGGGCAACAUUCUUAAAAAGUCGACUGGAGUUAUGGACCUUAAAGGACAAAUGAUCUACCUAUUUGAGACCUGUGCUAUCUUGUUCUUGGGAUCCCCCUGUGUUGACAGACUAGAAGAUUUUACAGGACGUGGCUUAUAUCUUUCAGAUAUUCCAAUUCAUAAUGCUUUAAGGGAUGUUGUUUUAAUAGGAGAGCAGGCCAGAGCUCAAGAUGGACUCAAGAAAAGGUUGGGGAAGCUCAAAGCUACCCUUGAACAGGCACACCAAGCCCUUGAAGAAGAGAAAAAGAAGACAGUAGAUCUUUUGUGUUCCAUUUUUCCUGAGGAGGUUGCACAACAGCUGUGGCAGGGACAAGUUGUGCAAGCCAAGAAAUUUAAUAAUGUCACAAUGCUUUUCUCUGACAUCGUAGGGUUCACUGCAAUCUGUUCCCAGUGCUCACCUAUGCAGGUUAUCACCAUGCUUAAUGAGCUCUACACUCGCUUUGAUUACCAAUGUGGAGAACUGGAUGUCUACAAGGUAGAAACCAUUGGGGAUGCUUAUUGUGUUGCGGGAGGCUUGCACAAAGAAAGUGACACCCAUGCUGUUCAGAUAGCAUUAAUGGCACUGAAGAUGAUGGAGCUGUCAGAUGAAGUGAUGUCUCCACAUGGAGAACCCAUCAAGAUGCGGAUAGGCCUGCAUUCUGGAUCUGUCUUUGCUGGUGUUGUUGGUGUUAAAAUGCCACGAUAUUGUCUAUUUGGAAACAACGUAACACUUGCCAACAAAUUUGAGUCUUGCAGUGUUGCGAGGAAAAUAAAUGUCAGCCCAACUACCUACAGGUUGCUAAAGGAUUACCCAGGGUUUAUGUUUACUGCUCGUUCAAGAGAAGAACUUCCUCCCAAUUUUCCAAGUGAUAUCCCUGGGAUCUGUUACUUUCUUGAUGCUUAUCUUCAAGGAGCAAAUUCAAAGGCCUGCUUUCAAAAGAAGGAUGCCGAAGAUGGAAAAACAAAUUUCUUGGGGACACCAACAGGUGUAGAUUAGAUUGUGUAUCCUUGCUUUUUCAGGAAAAAAAAUUAGUUAAUAUUUUGUGUUCUUUA